CUUUAAAUACAAGGCACACAAAAGAAAGGGAGGUUGAAGGGACGGGUUCUCCCUGUCUUGUUUGCAUAUACAAAAAGUUAAUCCGAAAAAAAAAAGGCCCUCCACGUUGGUGAGUUUAAAACAAUGAGCGAAUCAAAGGGUGAACUUAAAUUUCCCUGUGUCAUUCAAGGUCAAAAAAGAAAAAAACCCUCCCUUUUUUAUUUUUUUGCGCCAAAGACAAACAAAUUAAACAUGCAAUCUGCUCAGACCGAAUUAGACUUUAUCAAGUUUUACUUGGAAACUCUUUCUGAUAAAUCAGUACGUUACGGUGAUGACUAUUUGGCGCGUAAGUUACCCAGUCCUUUAAGAAUUAAGAGAGUUCCCGUUAGUCCCGUUAUUGUUAAAGAACCCAUUGCAUCCGAGACAAAGUCAGAGAGUCAGACUCCAAAGCUUCAAGUGACAGUCAAGGUCCUGAAGCCCUCUUCAACUUUCACAAUUGGUAGCUUAUCACCCAAGGAUACUGUCCAUCAAUUAAAGCAACGUAUCUAUCAGCAACAAAGUUCACUUCCCGUCAACCGCCAACGCUUACUGAUCAAGGGUAAAGUCUUGGCUGAUCAAAAGAGUUUGGAAGAGCUUUCGAUCAAUGAAGGUACCGUCAUUCAUCUUAUGGUGACAGCUGCACCUGCUACACCUGUUAUCGGUAGAUUUGGUGUCUCUGCAGAAACCGAAAAGAAGAUGUCAACUCCCGAGUUUUGGGCUGCCUUGGAAAAGACAAUUAUUGAUCAGGUUGGUGAAGUGGAUGCAAAAUUAGUAUUUAGUAAGGUCAAAUCCUCGUUAUCUGCAUAGAUAAUAAUAAUAAUAAUAAUAAUAAAACGGAUAUAUUUUUUAUUUGAAA